CUGGAGACGUGUGCAAUUUGUUAUGCUUCUGGCAUACAAAUAGAACCUUUUUGCAUAUGGUUCCAUUAACUUUUCUCUGCCCCCAAGACACGAUAUGGAAGCCAUCGCCAAGUUUGAUUUCACUGCUUCUGGAGAAGACGAGUUGAGCUUCCAGGCUGGGGAUAUGUUGAAGAUUUUGAGCUCCCAGGAAGAGUGGUACAAGGCUGAGCUCAGAAGUCACGAGGGCUACGUUCCUAAGAACUUCAUUGAUUUCCAUGUUCCCCCCUGGUUUGAUGAGAAGAUAUCCCGCCACGAAGCAGAGAACCUUCUCAUGAGCAAAGGAGUUGGCUGCUUCAUUGUCCGAGCCAGUCAGAACUCUCAUGGUGACUUCUCCAUCUCUGUCAGGCAUGAAGAUGAUGUACAACACUUCAAAGUGAUGAGGGAUUCAAAGGGUAGCUAUUACUUGUGGACAGAGAAAUUCCACUCGCUAAACAAACUGGUGGACUACUACAAGACAACUUCCAUCUCCAGGCAGAAGCAGAUCUUCCUAAGGGACAACAGCCAAGAAGAAAAGGAGAGGCGUGGUGGGAGCCUGGAACGGAUAGGUCGGGAAGGAUUCCACGUGGGAGGAGCAGCUGGAGAAGAUCAUUCUUCUAUAUCCAAGAGAUAUGUAGAGCAUCCUUUACCCAUACUGCAGCAGCAACAGGAAAGAUAUGGCGGGAGUCUGGACAGGCAAGACGUGAUGCAUAGACUAAGGGAUCUUGGCCAAGGAAGUGCAGGAGCUAUGCAACGGAGACACACAGACCCACUGCACCAGCAGAUACCGAGAACGCUCUGGGUCCGUGCCUUGUAUGACUUUGAUGCGAUGGAGCACGAUGAGCUGGGCUUCCGCAGUGGGGACAUCGUAGAGGUCCUGGACAGCUCCAACCCAUCCUGGUGGAAAGGACGCCUGCGUGGGGAACUGGGUCUCUUCCCUGCCAACUAUGUCACACCAGUGUUGCUGUGAGAGCACAGUAUGGCCCAGAGGGCUCUGCUGGAGCUGCUCUUCUGACAUGACAGGGACAGAGAAGGAGUGCAUCUUCCCUUGCCACCAGGACAUACAUUGGUUUUUAUUUUGUAUUAAUUUAUUGGCAAUUGAUCUUUUGAAAUGUUAGUAUGAAAGAGAACCCUUUGAAGAAGAAAUAUUUUUAACCCUUUUUUUCACAGUCAUGAAGGGAAGGGAGCAAAAAUCUUGGACUGUUCAUUGAGACUUUGCUGGGUCCUCCCUGCCCUGUCACCUCUUUGGCUAGCUAUUGAUAAGCUCCUGCAAUUAGGUUUAUUUUGUGAAAAUGCCCCUUAGGAAAGUCAGGCUUCAGGUUAACUUCAGAUUCAGUAUUCAGGUAGCCUUAUCCCUUCAUUUUGGAUCUGGUAGCAGUCAUAGUCUCUUCAGGCUCCAUUCUACCUUUCUGUCAGAGGCAGGAGGGAUGCCCACAUGCAUUAAAUGAUCCUUGGCAACCACAUUCAUCCUUCAGUUAGGGCUUUAGGUUGAGGUCAAGACAAUCUAGGUUUUUCUUAAUAGUUUCUGGCUUUCUUCUAGUUUAACUAUUUUCUUAAUAGUUUCUGUCUUACCCACCUCACACUGUGUGUAUUGACUGUAUGGAUAUACCAGAGGAAGGGGAGGAGCCCUGUAAGCUUUUGUACAAACAUGCAAGUGGUGAAGGUAUGGGAGGGCAAGAAGCUUUCUUUGCUUCUUCUCAUAGGCCUGCUCUUCUUUCUGUACCCCCUAACAACUUACCCAUUUUCAAGCUGCUCUCUUAGGUACCUACACUUGAGCUAGAUAGCCUGAGUAGAGCAGAUCAGGCCCUUCAGCUAAAUUAGUAUCCAGUGGAUUGGAUAACAGUUAAUAUCCCUCACUGGUUCCUUUUGUAGAACUGAACUGGGGAGGGAUUGGAGAGGUUUCUCUGGUUUGGUGGCAAAAGUUCUUUCCCUGAGAACUUGCUGUGUUGAGGAUCACCAUGUACACAACUCUGGCUUGCUAGAGAAAUGUCUCGUGCAUCAGGUUAAGCUGUUAUUUUACAGUAUGCAGAGA